AUGACACGCAGCAUGCUUCUAAUUGCCGCGUUGCUGGCCUCAAGAAGCGUCUGCGGCCCGGUCCAGUGGAUCCUCAAUAUAUGGAACACGAAGCAUUCUCGGAGCACUAGAAGCAAAGUACAAGGCCUGCCAUGUUAUCAAGUACCUCGAUCUCUGCAUCUCUCCGGGGAAAAAGUCUCUCACCACGUUGAGCCGUUUCCAUGUCUCAGUGCAGACGAGCUUGAGCUGUCUCGAGAAAGCUUUGGUGGCCUAUUCAGAUACUCUCUUUGCUUGCAAUAA